AUGGCUACUGGAUUUCUUCGGGUUCGAGGAGGCCAAAUUGUGGAUGAGAAUGCGUCCUCAGUUGUACUUCGCGGUGCAUCACUUGGCGGCUGGAUGAACAUGGAAAAUUUUAUUACUGGAUAUCCUGGUCAGACUUUUUCACCGUCAGACGCAAAAUUCUUUGCAUCACUUGGUCUCAACUGCAUUCGCAUCCCUGUGAAUUACCGUCAUGUUGAGGAUGAUCUAAACCCUCGAGUGAUCAGAUCGCGCGAUCAACUUGCACUCCGACAACCCCGGAAGUCAUUCAACUGGUGGGACCACAAGGAUUUCCAGGACCGAACAAUUUGGCUCUGGCAGCAAAUUGCGCAGCGCUAUAAGGAGAAUACCUGGGUAGCAGGGUACAAUCCGAUGAAUGAGCCACGUAAUUCGGAGCACAUUCGGCUGCCCGCUUUCUAUGAGCGAUUCGAAUGGGAAUUACGAUCUGUCGACCCAAACCACAUUCUAUUCCUUGAUGGGAAUACAUUUUCAAUGGAAUGGAAGGGGUUCGAAAAAGUCCUGCCGAAUUCGGCCUACAGCAUCCAUGAUUACAGCACGAUGGGACUACCGACGGGGGAAAAGUUCCUCGGCUCAACAGAGCAAAUGGAUAGAUUGGAAAAGCAAUUCCUCCGCAAGGCUGAAUUCCAACAGAAAAAGGGUACUGUCCUCUGGAAUGGCGAGUUUGGCCCCGCUUAUGAAGAGCCGCAUCGAACCCCUAACGCCGAAGAACUCAACAAGUGCCGGUACGAUCUGCUAGGAGCCCAAUUGAAGAUAUAUGACAAGUACGAGAUCUCUUGGAGCAUCUGGUUGUACAAAGACAUUGGUUUGCAAGGCAUGAUCUAUUGCGAUCCAGAAAGCAAGUACAUGAAAACAGUGCAAGAUUUCGCCGACAAGAAGAAGCAUCUCAAUCUUGACCACUGGGGCAUGUAUCCAAACGCAGAACUUGAUAAAUCCAUCAAGGAACUUGUGCGGUGGGUUGAUCGUCAUGCUCCGGAGGCCACGAAGACCUAUCCAACAACGUGGAACACGGAAAGGCAUAUUCGCCCCGCAGUUAUGCAGACCUUUGUGGCAGACAGCUUCAGCAUGGAAUUUGCCAAGCAUUUUGAAAACAUGAGUGAGGAUGAGCUAGAGGAAUGUGCAAAGUCAUUUGCAUUCGAGAACUGUGUGUCGAGGGGGGAGUUGAAUCGCAUCAUGAGUGAACAUGCCACAAUACGUGAUGCUGCCAGCAAAUGA